GCACGAACCAUUUUCUCCCUCUCUCAUACACAUACUGACAUACAGACUAUCUCUCUCACACACACUCACACACACACACUGAGCAAUGGAUCCCAAUACCAAGGUGAAGAAAGGAGCCGGAGGAAGGAAGGGCGGCGGACCGAAGAAGAAGCCGGUUGCCCGGUCCGUCAAGGCCGGCCUCCAGUUCCCGGUCGGCCGAAUUGGCCGGUACCUGAAGAAGGGACGCUACGCUCAGCGCGUCGGCACUGGCGCUCCAGUUUACAUGGCCGCCGUUCUGGAGUACCUCGCGGCUGAGGUGCUGGAAUUGGCCGGAAAUGCGGCGAGGGACAACAAGAAAAGCAGGAUAAUCCCGAGGCAUUUGUUGCUUGCUGUGAGGAACGACGAGGAGCUCGGCAAGCUUCUGGCCGGAGUCACCAUAGCCAACGGCGGAGUUAUCCCCAACAUCAACCCCGUUCUUCUGCCAAAGAAAGCGGAGAAGGCUACAGAAGCUGCAAAAUCGCCCAAGAAGGCAGCCAAGUCGCCCAAGAAGGCUUGAGGAACAAUUUUAGUGGGUUUUAUGCUUGCUUUUUUUAAGGUUUUAAGUGUUUGUACGUAGUUUGGAUUUUAUAUUAUGUGGGUGAAGGUGGGAUUUGAAAUGGAAAUGUGAUUUUGAGAUUCAAUGAAAAUAUUUAGGUUUUGUGGAAUUGUUUUGAUUUUCAUGUGAACUUGGAUAGCUAUGAACAAAAUUG